CAGAGAGGUGAUGGAACCCAUGGGUGAUGUUCUCUACCUGUUAGUCAUCCUGUCCUUGUUGGAGAAGGGCAAUGCCAAAGUGGGACACUUCAAAGCAGCAGGAGCUAUAGCACCAGGAGAUAUCAUCAUUGGAGGGCUGUUUCCCAUCCAUGAGGGAGUAGAGGAAUCCCCCAACAUCUCAGCACCCCAUAAACCACAUUGUGUCAGGUUCAACAUGGUCGGGUUCACCCAGGCAUUGGCUAUGAUCCACGCUGUAGAGUCGGCCAACAGAUCCCCUGUCCUGACUACACUAGGGAUCUCUCUGGGGUACCGUAUCCACGACUCCUGCUCUGAUGUCACCACUGCUCUGAAGGCCUCAGCUGACUUCACACACACCUGUUCCCCACCCAUCAUGGCCGUCAUUGGGGCCUCUUCCUCUGAGAUUUCCAUCGCUGUUGCCCGGCAACUCAACCUGGAGCUCAUUCCUCAGAUCAGUUACGCCUCCACUGCCAUCAUCCUGAGUGACAAGAUCCGUUUCCCUGCAUUCCUGAGGACCGUACCUACCGACCUGUACCAGACACGGGCCAUGGUCCAGUUGCUUAGCGACAGCAAAUGGACCUGGGUCGGCGUGGUCACAACGGAUGGAGACUACGGCCGCUCUGCCCUGGACAGCUUCGUCUCCCAGGCAACCGCCUCAGGGAUUUGUGUGGCCUUCAAAGAGAUCCUUCCUAACUCGCUAACCAGUCCUGACGGCGAAUCAGCAUUCAGACAAGCUGCCGCCACCCUCCUCGGGAACCCCAAUGUCAAGGUGGUGGUAUCGUUCGCCAGGCCUAUUCACAUGAUGUACCUGUACCAGGAGUUGAAGGUUUGGGGGUCGCUUCUGGGGGAGAAGGUGUGGGUGGCCAGUGAUAGCUGGUCCUCGUCCAAAGAGGUCCUGGGAGAGAUGGACCUCCUAGAUAUCGGCCAUGUGGUGGGCUUCUCCUUCAAAAGAGGGAACCUUGCUCCAUUCCAUCGCUACCUGAUGAAUCUGAUUAACAUCAAUGAUGUCAUAGGAAAUAACUCCUUACUAAAGGAGUUCUACUCACUGCUAAACGAGUCGGGAGAUCCCGGGUUUGGGUCCUCCUUCACAGUCCCAGCAGAGAUCCUGCUAAACAACAGCGAUGCAAAAGUGGUCUUCAGUGUGGAGAUGGCUGUCAGUGCCAUCGCCCAUGCAGUGGCUGAUAUCUGCAGCAAAAAGGACUGCAAGACACCAGGCACGGUCCAACCCUGGGAGGUGCUUAAAACCCUGAGGGGCAGUCGCUUUGAGCUAGAUGGGAAAAGCUACAGUUUUGACCAGAAAGGAGACAUCAACCUGGGCUAUGAUGUAACCUUGUGGAGGUCUGUUAGAGGGGUCAUCAACAUCCAUGACGUUGUAGCUGUGUACCAUCCAAUCAACAACAGCUUCAGCUAUACCAGUGGAAACACCAAAAAUCUCACUGACCUGAGGGAUGUGGUGUCUGUUUGCUCGCCUAGCUGUGAACCUGGGAAGUUCAAGAAGUUUGCUCAGGGUCAGCACACCUGCUGCUAUGAAUGCAUCAACUGCACUGAGAACUACUACUCCAACAACACUGACAUGCACCAGUGUCUCUCUUGUGAUACAAAGAGAGAGUGGUCCCUGGAAGGGAGCUCUGGGUGUACCCAUAAGACCCUGGAGUUCUUCUCCUGGCAGGAUGGCUUUGCGGUGGCGCUGCUGACACUGGCGGCCCUGGGUAUCGUUUUGGUUCUCCUGGUGGGGGCUCUCUUCCUACACCACCACCAGACCCCUGUUGUGAGGGCUGCCGGGGGGCCUCUCUCCCAGAUCAUCCUGCUCUCUCUAGUGGGAAGUUUUGUUAGUGCUGUGUUCUUUGUAGGUCAUCCCAGCAGCCUACAGUGUAAGGUGCGUCAGGUGCUGUUUGGCCUCAGCUUCACCCUGUGUGUUUCCUGUAUCUUGGUCAAGUCCCUGAAGAUCCUGCUGGCCUUCCAGCUCAACCCUGACCGGAAGGAUGUUCUCCGCCGCCUCUUCCAACCGUAUGCCAUCAUCUGUCUCUGCGUGGCCCUACAGGUCCUCACCUGCACCCUGUGGCUGGUCCUGCAGAGCCCCCGGGAGAAGGCCACGGUCUUCACCACCACUGUGUUGGCCGAGUGUGACGAAGGCUCCCAAGUGGCGUUUGGUGUGAUGCUGUGCUACAUCGCUGUCCUGGCGCUCGUAUGUUUUGCCUGCGCGUUUAAAGGCCGCAAGCUGCCACAGAAGUACAACGAGGCCAGGUUCAUCACCUUCAGCAUGCUCCUCUACCUGAUGUCCUGGCUGAUAUUUGUGCCCAUCUAUGUGACCACCUCUGGGAAGUACCUGCCAGCAGUGGAGAUGGUGGUCAUCCUCAUCUCCAACUAUGGCAUCCUCAGCUGUCAUUUCUUCCCCAAGUGCUACGUCAUCCUCUUCAAGAAGGAGCACAACACCAAGAGUGCCUUCAUGAAGAAUGUGUUUGAGUAUUCCAGAAAGGGCAUUACUGACUCUAGCUCUGUCUCUGAGACUUCAGUCUCUCAGACAGAAGGGUAUCGCAUCAGUCACCCUUACUCCAUCAGUUCACCUUCCUUCUUCAUGUCUCCUCCAGCAAUAGAACCCACAGCACAUCAGAACUGCUGGUCCGUUGACCAGAACAUUCAGAGCAUUGACCCUGCAACCCAUUGCACCGUCAUAGACCAUGGAGUGUUUGUCACAGGUCAGCUGACUCGACCACACCGUCUGAGGAGAAGCAUGAGCCUUUGAGUGGAGUGGACCAGUGUCUGGAACGUUUACAUCUUACAGUACAUCACACUGUGUGUCUCUGUGAUCCUCUCUUUGGUUUGACUGUUCCCAUUUUGCUUAGUCUACUGGUAUGUUUUUUGCCCAAAUGG